AUGAUCCCAUUUGAAAAAUGUGACAAGAGUAGACAUGAAAUUGGUAAUGAGAUUAUCAAAUAUUCUGAUCCUGGUCUCAGACACGGUCACACGAAUAUUAAGAAGACAGUUCUACUCUCUGAGCAUGUCAAUCUACUUACUACUGAGAUGAAACCUAAGACAGCAGAUCAGAAAAUGCCGGAUUUUGAAGUACAGAUUAAUCUGACUGAGAGAGAGCAGUAA